AAAAAAAAAAAUUGGGGAAAAAUCCUAAGUAAAAGAGGAUCGAAUCCGAGGUCGAGUUGUUGCGCGCGUUGCAUCAAAUACCUCUAUAGCUGCGCGACCCGCUGCGCUCCUGUUUCAGGUCUCUCUCUCUUCCCAUUCCUGAUGCUCUCCCUUCUUUAUCAUCUCUCCCUCUAGGACACCAUCGAAACUAGUCCAAAUCCGGAUCGCGACGAGUCAUCUUCUUCAUUAUCACAUCUUUAUAAACUGAAAAUAAUCUGAAUUUGAAAAUUGCUGUUUUUGAAAAAGUAGGAAAUAAAAUAAAAAACCGAAAAAUAGGAAAUCGAAACAGAAAGAUAAAAUUUUGGCAAAAUAGAAAAUACGAAAGGGGAAAAUUGAAAAAGAAACGUACAAAAUACGAAACAGGAAAAUCGUAAAGUACAAAACAGAAAAUUAGUAAACAGCAAAACAGAAAAUUAGUAAACAGCAAAAUAAAAAAAAAAGCAGUGCCCAAAAAAAGCAGUAUAAAAUAUAGAAAUAAAGCAGUAAAUACCGAAAAAAAACAUGGCAGAUGAAGAGCAGACGGAAAUUCCCAAUAUUGUUGAAUUAAAUGUUGGCGGUGUAUUUUAUACAACAACUUUGUCAACAUUAACAAGCGAAGUUGAUUCAAAUCUAUCGGCAAUAUUCUCGGAGAAAUUGAAAUUGAAAAAAGACGCAAAGGGUAAAUAUUUCCUUGAUCGUGAUGGUGUACUAUUUCGUUAUGUAUUGGAUUUCCUGAGAAAUCAAGCACUUGUAUUGCCAGAGGGUUUUCGAGAACGCGAUAGACUUGUACAGGAAGCUGAUUUUUAUGGCCUCACAAAUUUAAAGAAAGCAAUUAAUGAACAUGUUUCAACAACAACAACAACAACAACAGUACUAUCAUCGAAACGUGGUUACAUCACUGUUGGUUAUCGUGGUAGUUUUGCAUUUGGUAGGGAUGGUUUGGCCGAUGUGAAAUUUCGUAAAAUAUCAAGGAUCCUUAUUUGUGGACGUGUUGCACUUUGUCGUGAUGUUUUUGGUGAUACAUUGAAUGAAAGUCGUGAUCCUGAUCAUGGAAUAUCGGAUCGUUAUACGAGUCGUUUUUUUUUAAAGCACAGCUAUAUUGAACAGGCAUUUGAUAUGCUUCAGGAGCAGGGUUUUAAAUUGGUUGCAAGUUGUGGUUCGGGUACUGCUGGUGGUAGCGCUGAACAAUUAAAACCAGGAGUUGAUUUGGAGGAAAAUCGUUGGAAUCAUUACAAUGAGUUUGCGUUUGUGCGCGAUUAAGAGUGAUAAAUUUUUUUUUUUUUGGUUUUACAAAGAAGACAAUGGUGCAGCAUUGUUAAUGGCAAAAAAAAGUGUGAAAUCUGAUUGAAAUUAUUUAUUUUUGGAAUUAAUUUUCAAUUUUUGUCAAAGCCUCAUUUGAAAAUGGAUAAAAAAAUUUUUGGAAUUAUUUGGAAUUGGAAACGAAUACAAAUUUUUGUGUACGAAAUUUUGAAAUGGAUACAAAAUUUUUAAGUACGAAAUUUUGAAAUGGAUACAAAAUUUUUAAGUACGAAAUUCAGAAAUUUGAAACGAAUACAGACUUUUGUGUACGAAAUUUUGAAAUGGAUACAAAAUUUUUAAGUACGAAAUUCUGAAAUUUGAAACGACUAACAAUUUUUAUGUACAAAAAUAGAACAAAAAAAUGUACAAAAAUUUGUAUGUACGAAAAUAAUUUGGAAUUUGAAACGAAUACAAAUAUUUGUGUACGAAAUUUUGAAAUGGAUACAAAAUUUUUAAGAACGAAAACAUUAAAUUUUGAAACGAAUACAAAUUUUUGAGUACAAAAUUCUGAAAUUUGAAAUGGAUAAAAAUUUUCAGAAAAUAAUCUGGAAUAAAAAUUUUUAAAUACGAAAAUAAAUUGACAAAAAAAAAUGGAAUUACGAACGAAAAUUUGUUUUUUUAUUUUUGGGCCAAAAGACUGUGUAGUGGAAUUUUUAGGAAUUGAAAAACAGCACUGGAUGAAUUGAAUGGAAACAACACGGGUAAAAAAAAAACAAAAAUGGAAUUGUUCCGAAUUAUAUAGAUGAUAAUAUUGAUACAAUCAUUGAAUUUUUUUUUGUUGCAACCAAAAAUAACAAGUGAAAUUGUUGCAAUAACAAAAAAAAAAGGAAAAAAGGAAUUGUAAACACGGGUAAUAAUAUUGAUUAAAAAAUCGAUUUCUUUUUAUCAAAUAAAAAAGGACAAUUUUUGGAUUAAAGGAAAAAUUUCCAAUUAUGGAAAAUUUAUAAAUUCGAAAAAAAAAUCAAGAGAAGCAUUUCAAAAAUUUAUAAAAGAUUUAUUAUUAAAAAAAUUAUUAUUAAUUUAACAGAAGGUUCAAGAUUCAAAUAAUUAAAAACGAUUCUUGUUCAAUUAAAAAAAAAAAAAAAUUGAAGAUCAGAAAAAAAAUACUUUCAAUGAACAGUGACAAUUUUUUUUUUUUCAAAUUAAUUAAUUGAUUAAUUAAUAAUCAAAGAGAAUUUUUAGAUAUUCAAGGAAAAUAAUUAAUGAAGGAAAAAGUUUUUUUUAAUCGAGAAAAACAAAAGAAGAAGGAAGUAAUUAAGGAUGAGGAUAAGAAUAAGUUUUUUUUUUUUUUUUUUUUAAUGAAGGGAAUAGAAAUCAAUGAAGAGGAAAAUAAAAUAUAUUGAGAAAAGAAAAACAAUUUUUCCAAACUCGUGACAAAUCAAACAAGAAUAACCCACCUAAAAAUUUAGGUAAGGGAUUUUUGUGACAAGAAAGAAGACGAUACUUUGAUGACCACAUUGAAGAUAGAUUUAAAUGUUAGAUUUAGGAACGAUAGACAUAUAUAAUAUAUAUAUAUAUAUAUUAAUGAAAAUUUAUUUCACACGCGCUUUAGAUAUGAAUUUCGCUGGUCGUAUUUUCAUUAAAUUGAAAAGUGAAUUUCUAAUGUAUAACUUUAUGAGAAAACAGGAAUAUAUAGAAACUUUUAGUCUUUAAAGUUACUUUAAUAGAAAUUACUUGAUAAAACUUUUAUUAUGUAACAUUAUCGUUACUUGAAUAACUUUACUGUUACAUUAUAUGUGUGUAACUUUAAUUUACUUUGACCUCAUAUUUUAAUUUCAAAAAUUUUAAUUUCAAAAAUAUUUAAUUUUAAAAAUAUUUAAUUUCAAAAAUUUUAAUUUAAAAAAUAUUUAAUUUAAAAAUUUUUAAUUUCCAAAAUUCUAAUUUUAAAAAUUUUUAAUUUCUACUUCCAUUUUUUUCAGAUGAACUUUCAAUUUUGAAUAUCAAAAAAAAGUACAGCUUUUCUUUCUUUAUACUUCCAAAUAUUAAUUAUUAAUUUAGAAAUUAAAUUAAAAAUUUUUAUAUUUAUUAUUAUUAUUGUUAUAUUAUAUUAUUUUUAUUAUUUUUUACCAAUAGUAAUAAAAUAGCCAAUAGUAAUAAAAAUAAAAAAAAAAUAAAAUAAUUUCCAGUAUUUCUGUUAAUGAACAAAAUGGCUUCCAAUUUAUUCAGAGGAAAUAUGAGACAAAAUUGUGAUUACAAUUCAAAAUAAUAUUAAAAUAUAGUAUCUAUAUUGGAAAUAUGUUAAAAAUUUGCACUGAUCACAAUAUUGUGUUCACUAUUAGUUUCAGUAAAAGCACCAAAAAAAAAAAAAAUAAUAAUAUAAAUUCUCAUCAAAUGAUAAAUAGUAAAGAAAAAAAAAAACCUUAACUCUACAAUUUAUUUUUAAGAAUUUUUUUUUUUUGACAAUUUAUGUCUGAAAUAAUUUAUUGCAUCUUUAAUCGAUUCUAGAUUGAAAAAUUACUAUAAUAAUAUAAAUAAUAGAGAGUGGUGGAAAAAAAAAUGUUGAAAAUUCCAAAAAAUAAAAAUUUGCGAAAAAAUGAAGGAAAAUGAGGCGAAAAAGGAAAAAAGAAGUUGUGUCCUUAUAACGUACCUAAAAACUUGAUGAAUAAUAAAAAAAAAAAAAAAAAUAUUUAGAAGGUUUCACUAUAUGACUGUAUAUAUGUAGCCUACUUUAUGAAAAAAAAGUUCUUAUACUAAAUACUAAAUUGAUUUGAUUUUUUUUUUCUUUUUCUCUAUUCAUUUUUCUUUUCUUUGUCAGUACGUAAAAUAGUGUAAAAGCUAUAAAAGCUUUCUGAGUGAGUUUUAAUGUUAAAACAGUGACGCAAAAUCAAUUUACAGUUUCAUAUAAUUAAAUGUGAGUUUCAAAUCCUUUUUUCGAGUUGAAAAACAAUUUUUUUUAGGCAGCUAUUUAAAUCCUUUUUUCGAUACUAUUUAAAUUUCUUCUUUAAUGAAAGUAAUGCAAAAAAAAAAUUAAAAAUAAAUUUACAAUUUCAAAAAAUGUUUACUAACACGUUUUUUUUUUUUUUUAAGAAAUAUUUUUGAAAUUGACUGAAUUUUUGACAAGUUUUUUAUUUAUAAUUUUUUUUCUUUUUUUUUUAUCGUCUAAUUGAAAAGUAAAAAAAAGAAUUUAGAGUACAAUCAAAUUUUAUCUUGUAAAAAUUCGUAGUUAUAAUAAUUGUUGACAGUUAAAUUGUAAAAAAAACGAGAAAAUUUGCACGCACAAUAAAUAUUGUACUGAGACACAAAAGAAUAAAAAAUAUAUAAAAUUUUUCGCACGGAUCCUGAUUUUCAAAAAUUUUAAUUAUUUAAUUUUUCAAGAAAAAAAAAAAAAAAUGUAAAUAAGCUGCUAAUGUACUAGAUUUUAUGAAAAAUUAUAAAAUGCAAAACAAUCCAUUAUUAUAACGAAUAAAAUUUUUUUUUUGUUAUAUGUAAUUUUUCCUUCUUAAUUAUUUUAAUAUUUUUUAAAUUAAUUUUUCAAUUUUUUUGAUUAAUUAAUGUUAACAUAAAUAUGAGAAUUUAAUUUUUAAAAAAAAGUAAUUUGUAAUUAAUUAAAAGUGCAAAAUUCACAUUUUGAUAAAAAUAAUUUAAAAUGUUUUUUUCAUUCUGCGGGUCACUUUAAUAGAGAACAAAAUCGUGUAUAAAAAAAUAAAAAUAAAUAAAUUACCCGCAUUCACCUGGACAUUUGGCUAAUAAGUUGUCAAAGGUAUGAGAAAGGGAUGAUGAAGGGGGAAAAAAAAGAGAAAAUCAUUCCCGCGAGGGCAUCUGAUUUAUUAAGAGUUGAGAACUUGACAUUUGAAAAUUAUUAAAAGAUACGCCCUCGGCGUUAAAUUGAUCGCCUAUAAAAAAAAAUAUAUAUUGUAACACUGACGACGUUCUAAUAAUAUAAUAUAUGAUAUAAUUAAAAAACGGCUCUUGUUAAUUGAAAUAAUAAUAAUAAUAAAAAAGUCUCAUAAAAUUGGUGAACAUAGAGACACAAGAAUCAUGAUUAUCGAUUCGUUAGGAGUUUAUAAGAAGGUCAAAACGCAUGAAAAUUAUAUUACAUGAAGGACAAAUAUUUAUCUUUAACUGAAGAUGAUACUUUUAAUUUUUUUUUUUAAUUUUAUUAUUAAAAGAAACUGAUUUUUUUUUAAAUUUUAUUAUUAAAAGAAACUAAAUUUUUUAAAAUAAUAAUUAAUAAAUUUUUAUUUAUUUAGUAAAUAAUAUAAUUUACUAAAUAAAUAAAUUAUUAACUAAAUAAAAGAAAUAAUUUAUUAAAUGAAUUAUUUAAUAAAUAAAAUAUUUAUUGAAUACAGUUUCUUUAAAUCAAAAUUUUUCUUAAUAAAUUAAUUUUUUUUUUUUUAAUUAAAACUUUUAUUGAACGAGUAUAUAAUAAUAAUAAUGAUAAAUUAGAAACAAUCUAGAAUGGAACAGUAUUUAUAAUAACUAUAUAGACAAUUUUAUAAACAAUUGUAUAUGGCCCCCAAUUUAUAUAUAUAUAUAUAAAGUAAAAUAUAACACAUCGUUUUUCUUGCGUCUAAUAGACAUCUACAUUAAUUAUAAAUAUAGAUCUGUAUAAUGAAAAAAUUUCUCAAAAUUGAGUAAAAAAAUAUUUAAUUAUAAUUACAAUGUAACGAAUAUUUCAUAAAAAAAACAAAAAAAAAAUCAUAAUGAGCUGAUAAUUACAGACACUGCCCCUUCUAUAUAAAACACUUUCUUGAAGACGCAAUAUGUGUGUGUGUGUGUGAAUAUUGUAAAAUUUUAGGAAUUUUAGUAAAAAAAAAAAAUUACGAAUUUAAAAUUUUUAACAAACUUUUUUUUUGAAAUAUUUCAAAUUUUAGUUGAAAAUUAUUUUUUUUUGUUUAAUUAAUAGCUUAUUUUAAAAUUACAAAAAUAAAUAAAUUAAUUAAUUACUGUUACGCACUGUAAUUAAUAAUAGUUAAAUAAAUUAAUUAUUCAUAUUUUUUUAUAUUUAUUUAUUAUUAUUUAUAUUUUUUAUAUUUAUUUAUUUAUUAUUAUUAUUUAUGUAUAUUUUUAAAAUUUAUUAAAUAUUUAUUUAUUUUUCUAUUUUUAUUCACAAAAAUAGUACAUAUAAAUAAUUUAAUUAUAAUUUCCGAAUAAAAUCGACACUUUAAUGACAAUCUUUAUUGACAUCGUGAUAAUUAAUUUAUAUGUUUGAUAUACCAGUAAAUAUUUCUUGAGAGAGAAAAUAUUUGUGGGAGAAAAAAAAAAUUAUAUUUAAAAUUAUUAUUUGGAAAGGAAUUUUUUAUCAAAAAUUACAGUCCACCCUUUUUUUUGAAAGGUGUAGUUUGUGUAAACAACAUUUUUUUUAUGAAGUCAGUAUAUUUAUACAAAUAAUAAUAAUUUUAUAUAUUUUUUUUUUUUUGUU